AUGCAGCGGCCGGGUGAGCCGGGCGCAGCACGCUUCGGCCCACCCGAGGGCUGCGCCGACCACCGGCCGCACCGCUACCGCAGCUUCAUGAUCGAGGAAAUCCUCACUGAGCCUCCGGGGCCCAAGGGCGCCGCUCCUGCCGCCGCCGCAGCCGCCGCGGGCGAGCUGCUCAAGUUCGGCGUUCAGGCUCUGCUGGCGGCCCGGCCCUUCCACAGCCACCUGGCCGUGCUGAAGGCCGAGCAGGCGGCGGUGUUUAAGUUCCCGCUGGCGCCGCUUGGCUGCUCCGGGUUGGGCUCGGCGCUGCUUGCCGCGGGGCCUGGGCUGCCCGGCGCUGCCGGCGCGCCGCACCUGCCGCUCGAGCUGCAGCUCCGCGGGAAGCUGGAGGCGCCUGGCGCCGGGGAGCCGGGCACCAAGGCCAAGAAGGGGCGUCGGAGCCGCACCGUGUUCACCGAGCUGCAGCUGAUGGGCCUAGAGAAACGCUUCGAGAAGCAGAAGUACCUCUCCACGCCCGACAGAAUAGAUCUCGCCGAGUCCCUGGGUCUGAGCCAGUUGCAGGUGAAGACGUGGUACCAGAAUCGAAGGAUGAAGUGGAAGAAAAUAGUGCUGCAGGGCGGCGGCCUGGAGUCUCCCACCAAGCCCAAGGGGAGGCCCAAGAAGAACUCCAUUCCCACGAGCGAACAGCUUACGGAGCAGGAGCGCGCCAAGGAGGCGGAGAAGCCGGCGGAGGCGCCGGGCGAGGCCGGCGACCGGAGCCACGAGGACUGA